AUGGCCAAAGAAGAGGAGAAGCGGGAACUCUACUUGGAACAACGCCGAUUGCGCAACCGAAAGCAUCAGCUCUACACUGACACACUCCAAGAAUUUCAGGAAUCACAUCCACGAAGGCCUGGAGAAACCACCAGAACAAAUCCGGCCACCUCAACCUAUUUCCAUUAUACCCGCCGCAUUAUGCUGGAACAUGACGCCCUGGCUCGAAUACUUCCAAUGAGCGUCGAACUGCGAAGCCGUGAGGGCCGUGAAGCACUCCAUGCAAUGGAGGCCCUGUGCAAACAAGAUUGCACUGUUGUCUAUCGCACCAGUUUGGAGCCAAUUGAUUGGAAAUGCAUCUGUAAGCAGCAGAUGGACAAGUGA